GGUGCGUCAACCCCGCGCUGCCCCUCCAAGUCGGCUCGAAAUGCCCGUCGAAAUGCACUCCUCAAACGCUGCGUGUCUUAACUCCCUACCGAUUGAAUUUACAUUUGAAACCCGAAUUCACGUAAUACCCACUACAAUCGAAGAGACCUGCCUGAAAACGCCGAAAUCUCCCGAACAAAGCAGAAACAAUGGCUCUUGAAAAGCUCAAUCUUGAACACAUCCCUCCAACUUGUCAGAUUUACGCUGCCUUUUUUCGGGACGUCUCAAAUUGCGAGUUUCUCCAUACGCAACUACUCUCUCGGAAUAGCGAGUUUGAGUAUGCCUUCAUCGAUGCUUCAUCCGUCAUCUCCAGGCUCCACCUACUUGCCGCUGUCUACAGCGCUGCCAAUAUGUUGCUGGACGGGACGCUGCGGACACCCAAUGUUCACUCGGAAAUCGUGGUGUCCUUGAACACAAACAAUAACAUCGCAGACGCGUACCGAAGGUGGGGCAUCACUCCCGGCAAGACAAAAGACCUGAUCGUGGUCAAAGUCGUACUGUCGUCAUCGACCGCGCAAGUAGAAGCCUCGACGCAAGCACAAACACAAGAAGCCAUCUGGGACCACAUACAGCAACACGUGAAGGGAACCCCAACCCCCUUAACGGAUGCCGAGCUUGCCCAAACGACCGAGUGGCCAAAGGUGCGCAAAUACUACAGGCUCAACGGGGUUCCGUCGCUGGAGCGUCUUGCGGAUGAACAAGAACAACGACAACAGAGCGAGAGUCUUGCCAUUAUGGGGAUGGCAUUGCGAGGGCUUUGAUGGGAGGAAUGAU